AUGACGUAUAAACUCAGUUCUACGUUAUCAGGGCACGAACAAGAUGUCAGGGGUUUGGCAAGCUCAGCAAUUGAGGAUGAUCCCGUCAUCGUUUCAGUGCUGAGAGAUUCCACCACAAGGGUUUGGAAUCAUGUCAAUACUUCACUGACAACAGAUUCAAGAAUACUUUUCCACUCGCCUACUAAAUCUUUCAUCAACUCUGUUUCCAUAGUUGGGCCCGCUGGAAUAGGAGAGGAACUAGUGGCUAGUGGUGGACAAGAUGCCAUGAUAUACUUGAGCGACAUAAACAAUCAAACGGUGGGCAGUUUAGACCAAGAUGGGAAAUACCAAUUGAUUGGCCACGAGGGGAAUGUUUGUGCCAUGGAUUUUGCUCAUGGUGAAUUCAUCUCCAGUUCAUGGGAUACAACAGCAAUUGUGUGGAACUUGCAAGAGUUUGUACCCAAAUUCAUUCUCAAGGGGCAUGAGUCUUCAGUUUGGGAUUGCAAAGUUGUCAAUAACAAGAACCAAUACCUAACUGCAUCCGCUGACAAAUCAAUUAGACUAUGGCAAGGGGAUCGCGAGAUUCAAAAGUUUUUAGGCCAUACUGAUGUCGUUCGAAAGUUGUUGUUGUUACCCGGAGGCAACCAGUUUGUAUCUAGUGCUAAUGACGGCACUAUAAAAGUAUGGGACUUACAAGCUGGUCGGAUUUUGAAAACCCUUUUUGGGCAUGAUUCUUUUGUAUACGAUUUGGCUUUGUUGCCCAACGGAAAUCUAGUGUCAACUGGUGAAGACCGUACGGUACGAAUUUGGGAUGUAUCAAAAGGCGAAGCAUUGCAAGUGAUUACAUUGCCAUGUAUUUCUGUUUGGUGUGUCACAGUUUUGAGCAAUGGUGAUUUUGCCAUUGGUGGAUCUGAUAAUUUAAUUCGUGUUUUCACUCUGAAUUCUGAGCGAGUUGCCUCCCAAGAUGAAUUGAGAGCCUUUACAGAAGCUGUCCAAUCGUCAUCAAUAUCAGAACAAUCUUUGGAUGAUUUGAAGAAAACCGAUAUCCCUGGCGUAGAAGCGUUGGCAAGCCCCGGCAAGAAGGAAGGAGCAACCAUCAUGGUCAAAACUGUGGAUGGGACAAUUGAAGCACAUCAAUGGUCAGGUGGUGAGUGGCACAAGAUUGGUGAUGUUGUUGGAGGAGCAAGCUCUGCCAAGAAACAAAUCUUUGAUGGAAAGGAAUACGAUUAUGUAUUUGAUGUGGAUAUCAAGGAUGGCGAGCCACCAUUGAAAUUGCCAUACAAUUUGAACCAGAAUCCGUACACGGUGGCGGAGAAAUUCCUUGCCGAUAACGAGUUGCCUUCGUCAUAUACUGAUGAAGUUGUGAGGUUUUUAGAGACAAAUACUGCGGGUGCCAAGUUGAGUGAAGGGGCUGCUGACCAGGAACCACAGCCAUCUACAGCAGUAGCUAGUGAUCCGUACUCUGAUGCAUAUGCUAGACAACAAGGACAAUCAGAGACUCAUCCUGCAACAUCGAUCAUCCCCGAAACUCAGUUCAUUUCGUACAAGGAGUUCAAACAGGACUCGAUAACGAAUGGUUUGAAAAAGUUGAACCUGUCGCAAGAUCAAUCUAAACAAUUCACAUUGGAGGAAAUCUCGUCUAUUGAGUCGCUGAUAUCCAAUUUAUCGUCUAGUGAUGCAGUGGAAUUGGUUUUGCAACACGCCAACAAAAUCACUUCAUCAUGGGUGACGUCUUCCAAGUUGAUUGGUUACGAUUUGAUCCGACUUGCAAUUCCAAAAAUCACAGCUCACGAUUAUUUGCGCAAUGAAGCUAUCGCCGAGUCAGUAUCUAAACUGAUUGAGUCAGGGUUGGACGUUGUUGAUUUGUCAAACGCUACAUUGUUUAUGAUGAUUAUCAAAGUAUUGGUCAAUUUCAUAGACACCGCUGGAUUCAGUCAAGCAUUCAUCGACCCCUUCAAUGGCGAUCCCACAAAGUAUAUCUUCAACACUCCAUUCCAAAAUAUCUUGACUCAAGUCGGCGACAGAGCCACGAAAUUAGACCCCUCAGCUAAGCUUUACGGUGCAGCGAUUACGGCAUUGGCCACUUUUAUAUAUGAUUUGUCAACUAUCCAAAUCAAGACCAAAGGAUUGAAUUGUCACUCGUCCAUUUCGGCUGCUCCUGUAUUGAAACUUGUCGACAAAAUCGGAGACGUUGUUGUAAACUCCUCAGCCGAAGCCGGGUAUCGAUUGGCUAUAGCUUAUGGAAAUUAUAAGCAUGUUGGAGCCUAUACAACUUCUUCUAGGUUUCCAAAUUGGUUGAGCAAAUGGCGUGAGUCGUAUGGAUCCAAGGAAAAGAGGUUUAGUGAUCUUGCACAUGACUUGACCCUUUUAUAG